AUGGAGGCGCAAGAUCAAAUGGAAAUGAAGUACAGUGCUGGUAAUGAAGUUGGUGGCUUAGAGCUGUGCAUUGUAUGUGGUGAUAGGGCUUCUGGUAGACAUUAUGGUGCUAUUAGCUGUGAAGGCUGCAAAGGUUUCUUUAAACGGUCAAUAAGAAAGAAAUUAGGCUAUCAGUGCAGAGGCAGUAUGAACUGUGAAGUGACAAAGCAUCACCGUAACAGAUGUCAGUACUGCAGAUUACAGAAGUGUCUGGCGUGCGGGAUGAGAAGCGACUCGGUUCAACACGAAAGGAAGCCAAUAGUGGAUAAAGUGAAGGGUGAAGCGCGUGACGUGCACGAGCGACAAGCUGCAUACUCAAAACUAUUGGGACUCGCAGGACAAGCGCAGAAUGCACAGAUAAAUCCAAAAGAAGAGCCAAAUGAUGCAUUUGGUGCAGUAUCUCCAGCUGCUCCCGCUCUCAACUUUGCUUUAGCCGCUGCUGUUGCGUUCAAUAAAGGAAAUCCAGUAUCUCCAUACCUGGGUGCAGGGACUCCUGGCGAUGUGGAGGGUGCGAGGCGACAACAGCUCAUGCUGCAAACACAACUCGCUAAAAAUUUGUUCAAAAUGGGACAAUUUGGUGCAAUAAAUGAGUACCUACAGUCAGCUUAUGGUGCAACGCCACCAGAAGUGCCAUUGGGAGCUUUGCACGCUGCGGAGACACCACAAAAUGAUGCGGAGGAGGCAUGCAUCCUGACGGCGGAGAGCCUGCAGCUGCCGCUGUCGCUGCCGGCGGGCUGCGCGCCGCCGCCGCUGCGCCUGCACGCCGCGUGCGAGGCCGCCGCGCGCCUGCUGGCCGCGCUAGCGCGCUGGACGCUCUCGCUGCCCGUCGUCGCCAAGCACACAUUCGAAAUCCAAGUGACUCUUCUCCGCAAAUGCUGGCCUGAGCUCUUUGUAUUGGGGCUCUCCCGCUGGUCUCAAGCCCUAGAACUUUCCACCCUGCUGCCGAUGCUGUACAACCACCUGCAGUCUGAACUGAGGGAACGAGCAGAAACAAGGCAUCAGCCCGAGCCUACUCCUGAUAUCACACAUCCCGAGAUAACAAUAUCGGACUACUCGGACGAGCGUGUGGCGGAGGUGUCGGCCACGCUGCGGCGCCUGCACCAGCUGCUGGCCACCAUGGACCAGCUGCACAUCACGGAGCGCGAGCACGCGCAUCUGCGGGCCCUCUGUCUGUUCUCGCCUGACGGUGCACCGGAGUUCCUAACACGCAAGUUGCAAGAAUACCAAUCCAGGGUGCUUCGGUCCCUCGCAGCGCCUGGCGGGGAGCGUGCCGCAGCCCUACUCCUGCAGCUGGCGCCACUCCGGGGCUUCCCCGCACCCUUCAUAGAGGACGUCUUUUUUGUGGGCUUCGUCGGUGACGUCAGCAUUGACGAUGUUCUCCCAUACCUCCUCAACGCUGAACGC